AUUAUUUUUAAUUUUUAAUUUUUUUUGUUAAGUCUUUGUCAGUAUUACUCAGAACAGCCUAACCCAUUUCCCCUUUUCCCUCACUCCAAUUAUACCUUCUCAUCACAUUUCUCUCUCUCUCUUCUCCGUUCUCCUUUUUCUCUGUGCUCGGUGCCGGAGCCGGAGCCGUAGCUUCUCCCGUCGGGAUUUCUCCGAUCGAAACCCUAAUUUACUCAUUUACGUCUUCUGCAAUCAUUGCAGAUGAGCCAAUUAUUCGUUUUUUGACAACGUAGCAGGACAGAGUCCAAAUCAGCCGAGAUGUCUCGGCAAAUGCCGUCUGCUCAUUUUCCCAAGAACAAGACCCUUGACAACAAAUACAUGCUUGGAGAUGAGAUUGGCAAAGGAGCAUAUGGUCGAGUUUAUAAGGGUUUGGAUUUGGAGAACGGAGACUUUGUUGCAAUUAAACAAGUUUCCUUGGAGAAUAUUGCCCAGGAGGAUCUCAAUAUUAUAAUGCAAGAGAUAGAUUUAUUGAAGAACUUGAACCACAAAAAUAUUGUGAAAUAUCUUGGAUCCUUAAAGACUAAGAGUCACCUCCACAUAAUUCUUGAAUAUGUGGAAAAUGGCUCACUAGCUAACAUUAUCAAGCCAAAUAAAUUUGGGCCCUUUCCAGAAUCACUGGUUGCAGUUUACAUUUCACAGGUUUUGGAAGGCUUGGUAUAUCUACAUGAACAGGGUGUAAUUCAUCGGGACAUCAAGGGUGCUAAUAUAUUAACAACUAAAGAGGGUCUUGUGAAACUUGCUGAUUUUGGUGUAGCAACAAAAUUAACUGAGGCUGAUGUUAACACACAUUCUGUUGUUGGUACACCAUAUUGGAUGGCCCCAGAGGUCAUUGAAAUGUCAGGGGUCUGUGCUGCUUCUGACAUUUGGAGUGUAGGCUGCACUGUGAUCGAACUUCUUACUUGUGUGCCUCCUUACUAUGAUCUACAGCCCAUGCCAGCUUUAUUUCGCAUUGUUCAGGAUGAGCAUCCUCCAAUACCUGAUAGCUUGUCUCCAGACAUAACCGAUUUUCUGCGCCAGUGCUUUAAGAAGGAUGCUAGGCAAAGGCCUGAUGCGAAGACACUGCUUUCUCACCCAUGGAUACAGCAGAAUUAUAGGCGUGUUUUGCAGUCUUCAAUCCGACAGACUGCCUCACUAAGAAAUAUACAAGAAGAUGUCCCAGCAAAUGCUGAAAUCUCAAACGGGGAUAAUCUUAGCUUUGGUGGAAGCCCUUCUGUGGAGAAAGUAGAGAUGGCUGCUUCUGCAAUUAAAGCUGACUCCAGGAAAGAGUUACCAUCAACCGAGGCUGUAGACAUAACGAAGCCUGUCCUGACUCCUGCUUCAGAUUCAAACUCUGUUGAUGAAAGGACAGAGACCCCGGAAGAUGAUCUAUCAGAUCAGGUUCCUACUUUAGCUAUCCAUGAGAAGCCAUCCCUACAGAACGGGUUUAGCGGUGUAUCUUCUAAUAGGGUUGUGAAUACCACUGAUCAAUCUGAGCUUCUUGAGUUACCUCAACCAAGUUCUAGUGAUGAAGUCUUGGUCAAUGGUGAUGUAGGGUCCCCUGUUCUGAAGAUGGAAAAUGAUGGGAAACCAAGUUCUUCAUCCAUUGCAAGUAAACCAUCUGGUUUUGGACUAAGAAAUCAAGAUAGCAGUCUUCAAAAGGUGGCUAAAAAGGCAAUCGCCACUGGAGGUAAUGAGCUGAGUAGAUUUAGUGACACUCCAGGAGAUGCUUCCUUGGAUGAUUUAUUUCAUCCAUUGGAUAGACAUCCAGAAGACCGAACUACAGAGGCUUCAAUGUCUGCAUCAGCAUCACAUCUAAACCAAGGGAAUUCCCCUGUCAAUGAUUCUGGGAAAGUUGACCUGGCAACAAAGCUGAAUGCUUAUAUUCAUCGAAAACAAAUGGAGAGUGAAAUGGGGCAGGAAAAUGGUGGUGGUGGUAACUUAUUAAGAUAUUUCAUGGGUUAUCCAGAUGUGAUCGACAUUGAUGGUUUGGUUUUUGAUGAAAAGUUGCAAGGGGAAAAUCUUUUCCCUCUACAGGCUGUUGAGUUUAGCAGGUUAGUUCAGUCUUUGAAACCUGAAGAAUCAGAAGAAGUGAUUGUGUCUGCUUGUCAGAAACUUAUUGCCAUCUUUCAUCAACGCCCUGAGCAAAAAAUGGUUUUUGUUACCCAGCAUGGUUUGCUUCCUUUAAUGGAAUUGCUUGAGGUCCCUAGAACUCGUGUUAUUUGCUCUGUGCUUCAAAUCAUAAAUCAGAUCAUCAAAGAUAAUACUGACUUCCAGGAAAAUGCUUGUCUUGUUGGUCUGAUCCCUAUGGUAAUUGGCUUUGCUGUACCUGAUAGACCCCGGGAAGUUCGAAUGGAGGCUGCUUAUUUUUUGCAGCAGCUUUGUCAGUCAAGUUCUUUGACAUUGCAGAUGUUCAUAGCUUGUCGUGGAAUCCCUGUUUUGGUGGCAUUCCUAGAGGCUGAUUAUGCAAAGUACAGGGAAAUGGUUCAUCUAGCUAUUGAUGGCAUGUGGCAAGUCUUUAAGCUUCAGCGCUCUACACCUAGAAAUGAUUUUUGUCGUAUAGCUGCAAAGAAUGGAAUACUUUUGAGGCUUAUAAACACUCUUCAUAGUUUAAACGAGGCUACUCGUCUAGCUUCUAUUUCUGCUGGGGGUGGCUUUCCACUCGAGGGACCAGUUCAACGGCCACGAUCUGGUCAAUUAGAUGCUAGCCAUCCCGCUUUUUCUCAGAGUGAGGCUCCAUCUCCAACUGAUCAUCAUGUUUCAACUGUAGUAUCAGAAGCUUCACGUGCUUCCGUUUCACUUUCUCAAAGGGUAGAUGGCAAUCACUCUGAUAUGCGAUAUCCUCAGAUGGAUACUGGUAGACCCCAUUCUAGCAAUGUAGCAGCAGAUGUUUCAACUCCUUCAAAAUUAUCUGAACAAACAUCUUCAGAAAAAGCAUCAAAUAUAGGUACUAAGGAAUCUUCUUUGGUGAUUAAUAAAGAGAGAGAAAAUUUAGAGCGGUGGAAAAUUGAUCCAUCAAGAGCAGCAGAUAGGCCUUCAAAGUUGACAGAAGGUGCAGUAAAUGGGUUUCCCACAGUAGGAGCAACUCAACCCGAGCAAGUUCGGCCUCUGCUAAGCUUACUGGAUAAGGAACCCCCUUCAAGACAUUUCUCUGGUCAGCUUGAUUAUGUACGCCACUUCUCAGGACUGGAAAGGCAUGAAAGCAUAUUACCUCUCUUACAUGCACACGACAAGAAGGCAAAUGGUGAACUGGAUUUUUUGAUGGCUGAAUUUGCAGAUGUCUCUCAACGUGGAAGAGAAAGUGGAAAUUAUGAUUCCACUACCAGAGUUUCUUAUAAAACAGUAAAUAAAAAGAUUGGACCGAUAUCAUCUGAUGAAGGUGCAUCAACAUCUGGAACUGCAUCUCAGACUGCAUCUGGUGUACUGUCUGGGUCAGGUGUUCUAAAUGCUAGGCCGGGGAGUGCAACGUCAUCUGGAUUACUUUCCCACAUGGUGUCAACAUUAAAUGCCGAUGUUGCUAGGGAUUAUCUAGAAAAGGUUGCAGAUCUUCUGCUUGAGUUUGCACAAGCAGAUACGACAGUAAAAUCUUACAUGUGCAGCCAAAGCCUGCUCAGUCGUCUCUUUCAGAUGUUCAAUAGAGUUGAGCCCCCAAUUCUUUUGAAGAUAUUAAAGUGCAUCAACCAUUUGUCAACUGAUCCAAACUGCUUAGAGAAUCUUCAGCGUGCAGAUGCAAUUAAGUAUUUGAUUCCAAAUCUUGAAUUAAAAGAAGGAUCUCUUGUAUCUCAAAUACAUUAUGAGGUCCUCAAUGCAUUAUUCAACUUGUGUAAGAUAAACAAGAGGAGACAGGAGCAGGCAGCUGAAAAUGGAAUAAUUCCACAUUUGAUGCAAUUUAUUGAGUCUGAUUCUCCCUUGAAAAGAUAUGCUUUGCCUCUAUUAUGUGACAUGGCUCAUGCAUCCCGUAAUUCUAGGGAGCAAUUAAGAGCCCAUGGUGGAUUGGAUGUGUAUUUAAGUCUCCUUGAGGAUGAGUUCUGGUCUGUGACUGCAUUGGAUUCAAUUGCUGUUUGUUUAGCUCUCGACAAUGACAAUCGAAAAGUGGAGCAAGCAUUACUGAAGAAGGAUGCAGUUCAAAAGCUAGUGAAGUUUUUCCAGUCCUGUCCAGAACAACAUUUCGUCCACAUAUUGGAUCCAUUCUUGAAAAUUAUCACAAAAUCAUCUCGUAUUAAUACCACAUUAGCUGUUAAUGGCUUGACACCCUUGCUCAUUGCAAGGUUAGACCAUCAGGAUGCUAUACCUCGUUUGAAUCUUCUGAAACUGAUAAAGGCUGUUUACGAGCAUCAUCCCCGACCAAAGCAAUUGAUCGUUGAGAAUGAUUUGCCCCAAAAGCUUCAGAAUUUAAUAGAAGAACGCAGAGAUGGACAACGCUCUGGUGGCCAGGUUUUGGUGAAGCAAAUGGCGACGUCUCUUUUGAAAGCACUUCAUAUUAACACCGUCUUGUAAAUCCAGGGCACAAUGAUCUUUUAGAUUUAUUGUACAUUCGAUUGCAUAGGUUAAAAAUAUAAGUGUCUUUUUUGGGUAUAGAGCUUAUAGUCCUUUUUGUUUAUUUGUUUUUCUCUGUUUUUGGUCUGUUUUUUCCAUUUCCCCUAAAAUGAAGGAAAAGAAAGAAAAGGAAAAAAACACAUCUGGGUGGUCUUGCUCUGUCGUUUGCUUGAGUGAGUUGUGUUGGUUGUUUCAGUUCACUGUUUUGUCUCCUCUCUCUCUCUCUCUCUCCCUCCCUCUUUAUUUUGUUUUAUUUGGUUAUUAUUUUCCCCCAUUGGCCAAGAACUUUGAUAGACAAUUAAACCUAUUGGUGGCAUCAUAUAUGAUUUUUGUGUGGUAUAUGUAUCUAUAGUAGGCAUGGAUCAAAUGUACUAGAAGGUGGUCCUAUCAUAUAUUUCUUCUUAAUGAUUUUUAAUGAAAAUGUGCUAAAUUAGGGUGUUUAUCUAA